GGAACCGGCACAGUCAUGGCGGUGCCCUUCACGCAUAUUCGUUUUCUGCUGCUCAUGCAGGUUGGUGCCAGCUUCUCUAAAUGUUCUAAAUUUCGUUUUGCUCUUCUGCCGGUUCCACCCCAUGUUGUAUUUGCUAACGUUAGAUCACGCGGCUUGACCUGCCGAUUUCGGAGAGGUUUCGUGUUGUUGCACAAUUACGCUUUCUAUUUCUUAUUGCUACUGCUGUGCGGUGACGUUGAAUUAAAUCCCGGCCCUCUUUCUGCCGCGCAAGAAAAUCAGCUAGUUGAAGCAAUGCAACUAAUUCCUAGUAUGCACGAAGGACAAAAGACUGUAAUAAACGAACUGAAAGCCAUCAAAGAUUUGCAAACCACAUUCGAAAGAAAACUGGAGGGCUUAUUUUCUCGUAUAGCCAUAAUUGAGAGCGAUGUGGCUACAAUUAAACCACUGAGGGGAGAAUUUGAAGAACUUAAAGCGUCAAAUCGGGAACUCGAUACGCAGCUUAGAACAACAGCUCUACGUCAAGAAGAACUGGAAAAUCAAUCUCGGAGAAACAACCUGCUCAUCUACGGUUUGCCCGACGUGGCGGCUGAAACCUGGGAAGCUUCAGAGGCUAAGGCUUUAUCUUUUUUCGCCGAUAAGCUCGAUAUACACCUUGAAGCUACUAGCAUUGAACGAGCGCACAGGAUUGGCCGCUUUGCUGCUGAUAAAAACCGCCCUUUGAUUUCGAAGUUCCUGUCAUUUAAAGACAAGCAAAGGGAUCUUUCCAAGGCCUUCAAACUAAAACGAAGUGGUUUUUCUAUAAGCGACGAUUUUUCCCCUGCAGUACAGUUUGCAAGACGCAGACUUCUAGACUACGCAAGUGAGCAGAACGCGCAAUUUAAAUUGCGAUACAACAAGUUAACUAUAGGCAACAAAACGUAUAUGUACGAUCCAGAUAAUAACACUGUGUUCGAAAGUGCCCGGUAA